UAGAAGCUUUUAAUAAUGUAAAAUCAGCUGUAAAUCAAGCUAAAGAAUAUGAAAAAAUAGCAAUGGAUGCUGUACAUAAUGUUAUGACAAUAUGUGCUAAUGCAUUAAACGAUCAAGAAAGAAACUCUGUUACAAAAGCUAUGGAAGUAGAAGCUGAAGCAACUAAAACAUAUAAAAUUGCAUUAAAAGCAGCUAAUAAUGCAAAUGAAUCAGCAAACGAAGCUAAAAAAUUAUCAGAAAUAUAUGAAGAUACAACAUCAACAGAAAUGGCAAAUACGUCUUUGGAAAGCACUAAAAAACUUAUGAUGGAAAUAGUAAAGGCAGAAAAAGCAGUUAAAGAAGCAAACAAAAAUGUAGACGAAUUGAAAAAUGAGGCAGUUGCUAGGGUGGCACAACAUUUGGCUAAAACUAAGGAGUUUGCGAAAAUAGCAGAAGAAGCAAAAAUUGAACUAAUGAACGCAUUGAAUGGGUUAAAAACGACAACAAAAUCUGAAAUUACAUUGAAAACAACAAAAGAUUGUAAAAAUGUUUCUAAAAAAGCUAUUACAGCUGCAAAAAAUGCAUUUGAGUAUGCAAAUUUAGCCAAGGAUGAAGCAAAAACUACAAAACGUGCUAUAGCAAUAAGAGAUGCAAUUAAAGCAAGAGAAAUCGCGGAAAAAGCUAAAGCCUUUGCAGAAAAUGCAGACAAAAUUACAAAUGAAAUAUGGAUAGCAGAAGAAAAAUAUAAUUUAGAAGCCAUACAAAAAGAUAAAAAAGAAGAAGAGACAGUAGAAAAAGCUAAAAUUGUAAACAAAAGUGACACAGAAAAAGCAGAAAAUAUGAUUAAAUUAACUGAUAAGGAUGAUAAAAAUACAAACAUGUCUGAUAUUAAUAUUGCUGAUAAAAAGAAUAUUCAAACAGGUGAUGUAAUAGAAAGCAAAUUAAAUGAUUACGAUAUGUCACAUACAAGAAAUAUACAUUUUCAUGGUAAUUUAGAAAAGCAUAAUGAUAAAUUAAAUGAUUUAAAUGAUCACGAAACAAAAGGUGUUGAUGUAACAGAACUGUCUAUUGAUGAAACAUGCAAACACCAGCGCGCUACAGACUAUUGUAUUAAUUUUAAUAAAAAUGAUUUUUCAAAGAUGUGUGCUAAUCUAAUGAAAAAUGGACUUUGCUGUAAAAUUGCAGAAAAAUGUUUAGUUAACCCUCAAAUUAAGGAUGAAGAAUAUUUGCAGUGUGUUAACCACGAAAUUAAUACGUCGUUACCGAGUUGUUUUAAAAACAGAUCAUUUGGAAGACAAACUUAUUUUGCUGCUGGAGGAGGAAUACUAUUAUUAAUUUUGAUGAUAGUUUUAUACAACACCAAAUCACAGAACAAUACGGAAGAAUCUGACAUUUUCAUUGACGAUAACGAGUUUUACGGACCACAUAAAAUUAAUAUAAUACAUAAUGAUGAAAUAAUUAAUACCAAUUUUGAGGAGAUUCAGAAAAGUUAUGAUGAUGAAGCGAAUUUAAUUUAAGCACCUGUGUAUGCGUAUAAUUUUUUAUAAAAUCUACAAAUAACUAC